AUGGCCAUCCUCCACCCCGAGACUGCCACCCGAGCUCCUGAUCCUCCACCUCUUGUCCGCCGCCCCACUUCCAGCCAGAUCAACACUUACAACCCCCGCAAAGACCUGCCUCCGUCCCUCAAGAAGGGCGGGUACCACCGUCACAACGACAAUUAUGUUUGGUGGCGGCCCUACGGUCUGCCAUUACCCAUGUUCAGCCCCAACAUGGUCUUGCCUCCAGCCGAGAAGAGCACUACAUGGAAGGACUUGCGUCUGAUUACUUUUGAACAAAAGGGAAGCUCGACAUGGUAUACCGAAUACCCGAAUACGCGCCGUGCAAUGGAGGCAGCGUAUAUCCGUUGA